UCUCCCUUCCUCUCUCCCACUUUCUUAUGAAAUGGUAAAAGCCUGUGCCUUUGCACAGAAUCAUCACACACCUGCCAUGAACACGCCUCUCACUGCCAGCGACAGUAUGUCUUCAAGAGAAAUCGUACCAAUUUACAUACCAAACCGUACUCUUGAGAUGAACCAAGAGAUCUACUCACCACAUGAAACUGUCACGACAGAAGGACGGGAUCGUAUAAGGGACUGCAUUGCGCGAGCUUUGUCCCUCUUGUCUGAGGAAGAUUAUGAAAGAUAUAAGGUUUCUUUCAAGGCAUCUGACCCUUCUAAAGUUGCUGCUCAAGUGGAGGCUGCGCUGUUUCAAUUUGAACACUCGCCUCCCGAUGAUGACAAACCAUUGGAAGUAAAGCGUCCAGUUCUGUUAGAUACUCUUCGGCGCAACAAAGAUUUGCGCAGACAAGUUCUUUUUGGAGAGAUCACGCCAAAGAUGUUGCUCAACAUGCCCAUAGCCGAACUGCGGCAGAAGUACCCAGCAAACUCACGGCAAAUCUUGCUGCCUCCUUCCCGAGAGCGACGUGUUAUAAGGCUUUGUAUUGCCGGUGGUUUGUCCAAGGUGUCUGAGGAAGUUGAUGAACGAUAUAUGGAUUCUGUCAAUGCAUCUGACCCUUCUAAAGUUGGUGCUCAAGUGGAGGCUGCGCUGUUUAAGCACUGGGGUCCCGAUGAAACGAUGGAACCAGUGGCUUAUAGGUAUUCACUUCUAAUAACUCUUAUUAACAACCCUUGGAACAAAGAUUUGCGCAGACAAGUUCUUCUUGGGGAGAUCACGCCAGAGAUGUUGGCCAACAUGUCCCUAGCCGAAAUGCAACAGUUGAACACGUGGCCGGAGGACGACCCUGUUAUCUUGAUAUAAAACAACGACUGAUCAAGCCCCUGGAAUUAAGGCUGUGUGUUCUGGUAGGAAGUCUCUUCUUGGAGCUGCCUCUGUGUGCUUCUUUCGUGGUUGUUUUCCUCGCACUCGGUCAGACAAAUGUUUCGUCUUCUGAGUAUUUUGUCGUCCCUAGUAUAGUAUAUAUUUCGCUAUUAUGCUUUAUCAAGUGUUCUACUUUGCGUGUAAGGACAUUAUAUAUGCGUGUGUGUGUUGUGAAAUUUGGCAAAUGGAACCUGUUUUAGUGGAAAUUGAGAUUCGGGGGUUUUGCUUGUGUUUUU